AUGGACGGGAUUUAUGCAAAAAAGAUGCAGAAAGUUUAUUUGGUAAGGCAUCCAGCCGACAAAAAAGUUUAUGCGAUGAAAGUGAUGGGCAAAGAACAUAUCAGACGACGUAACGAAGUGAAGCAUAUAAUGGCUGAACGGAAUGUUCUGAUUCGGAAUAUUGAACAUCCAUUUUUGGUGUCGUUGCAUUACAGUUUUCAGACAAAGGAUAAACUUUAUUUUGUGCUUGAUUACCUGAACGGUGGAGAGUUAUUCUUUCAUCUGCAGAAGGAUCGGCACUUUUCUGAAUCUCGAUCAAAAUUUUAUGCAGCCGAAAUUGCAUGUGCACUUGGAUAUUUGCACGACAACAACAUUAUCUAUCGAGAUUUGAAGCCAGAAAACCUUUUACUGGACAGAUCCGGUUACGUAAUCUUGACCGAUUUCGGACUUUGCAAAGAAGGCAUGAAAUCUAAUGACACCACAGAAACUUUCUGUGGCACACCUGAAUAUCUAGCACCUGAAAUCUUGCUAAAACGACCUUAUGAUCGCACGGUAGAUUGGUGGUGUCUCGGUUCAGUAUUGUUUGAGAUGCUUGUUGGCCUGGUAAGCUUUUCAUUUUUAAAACAUAUAUAUAGACAGGAUAUUACGUAUGAAUAUUUGUUAAACAUUUUUUGA